GCAGUUUUCUAAAGAGUUUCGGACCUGAAAUAGUCCAUUCUGCGAGAUUCCAACCACUACUUACGUCUUUCCAGCUACUUUAUCCAUUUUGGGGGAGAUUAACUCAGCCUGCAACCGGUAAAGAUGCACCCUCGGCCGCUGCUCAUCAUCUCGUGUCUCCUCGCUGCCUUUCUGGUUCUCGCGAGACAAGGGCAAGGGAGUCCCACCUGUAAUAACAGAUGCUGUCGCUUCGUGGAGGGGUUCCCUCUAAGACUGAGGAAACUGCGAGAGGACUACUCACAGAUCCGCGACUAUUACGAAGCCAAUGACGACCUGGACGCAGCGCUGCUCGGCGAUUCCGUGGAGAAUUCGUUCAGUACUCCGUACGCGUGCCAUGCCAUGGACGAUAUUCUGAGCUUUUACCUCCGCACGGUGCUGCCCAGUGCGCUCGCCGGAGUCACGGAGGGCACCAAAUCGCUACGGCCCUAUAUGGAGUCUAUACAGCUGAUCUUUGACGAGCUGAAACGCGAAGUGACCCAAUGUAGAAAUUAUUUUUCAUGCAAGAAGCCGUUUGACAUUAACAGCCUCAACUCCAGUUACACACAGAUGGAGCGCAAAGGACUGUUUAAAGCAAUGGGAGAGUUAGAUGUUCUGUUCAACUACAUCGAGAGGUACCUGGCCUCUAACAGACGCCGCCCUGGAGCCUCCUCCUCCUCCUCCUCCUCCUCCUCCUCUUGAAACCUCUGACCCAGUGACCUUGUGACCCCAGCCCAGCCACUCUCCAACCUGUGUAGAAUGAACUGUCUGGGCUCCAGAAGUCACUUUAACACCACACGACUCCUCUCAACAUCUGCACCCACUGUUUGGAAUGUUACAUGAUAGAACUUUAUAAGAACAUCUAACCGCGCGUAGACCUCCUCAGGGUGAACACAAAGAACUAGCAUCGAGCAUAAACAUCUUCUACCUGAACAGACCUCAUGACGUCCACUCCGCUCAUUGUGUCUCUUGGACAGUGAGAAUUCCUGCUAAACUCCAUUGCUCCCUGUGGGAAACAUGGAUCCAGCUGGAGACUUAAACCUCUUUGUCUUAUAGACAAUUACUAUUUCAGAUGAUCUAACUUGCUUUAUUUAUUGAACUGCACUGGACAAUAAAUAUGUAUUUUUGUAUUUAUGUAAUUUAUUUUUAUGAAUAAAGAACUUAUUUUUUAA